UCUAACGAAGGAUGAAGAAGGAGGAGAAUCAUUUUCAAGGCCUGGAUUUGGGCCACAUCUUUACCUGCAGCGAGUCAAAGGCUACUACAGAACCACCCUCAAAAACAAAUAGUAUUACCGAUAAGGAGAACAAUGAUGUGAUUACUCAUAUCCUGGGGGACUUUGGUCCCUGGCAGCUGCGCUCGCUGCUCAUCCUGUUCCUCUGCAAGAUCCCCGCCGCCUGGUUCAUGGCCUGCAUCCUGUUCACAGCCCCCGAUCUUUAUCCCGAGGAGGAGUACAAGUGCGAUACGACUGCUUUGGGGCCGGUGGACAAUUGCACAGUCUCCCUGGAUCACUGCUAUGUGAUGGUCAACUAUGGUGACUCCGGCUACGCCAUGCGACAGUGUAGAAAGUUCCUCUACACCACCGGCUUCCACUCGCUGACCAUGGAGUUCGACCUGGUCUGCCUGUGCGACUUCUUCGUGGCCUGGUCGCAGUACUGGCAUCUCUUUGGCCUGCUCAUCGGAGGAGUGGCGGCCACCAAGCUGAUGCGUGUCCUGAGUCCCCGGCAGAUCUAUGGCACUGGCAUCUGGUGCCUGCUCAUGUGCAGCCUGCUGAUGGGUCUGGUCAAGGACUUUAGUCUCCACUGCGGCCUGCGCUGCCUGGCUGCCGUAUCCUGCUGCUUUAUGAUCACCUCGGGGCAUUCGAUAUUUAGCGACAUAACAGCGGGCAAAUAUCGCUUGGGAGCCCUCCUGCUCUACGACUGCUUCUGGGCUCUGGGAUUGAUCCUGCUCCCGGGAUUGGCUUCUGGUGCUCCCAGCUGGCAGCAUAUAUACCUGGGUGUCACCCUCUCCCUGCUGGUCAUUGUCUUCCUGCUGCCCUGGACCCCGGAUUCACCUCGCUGGCAGCUGCUGCACACCAAGGAAAACCAACUGGCCGUCGAGCGAACGGUGACUAUACUUUUGGAAGCAGCCCGCUCCAAUGGAACCGCACACAGGGUGUCCAAGGAGUUGCCCCAGGAGUUGGGACAACUCAGGGAGAAGAUGCUGGAACCAAGGCCACCAGUUUAUUGGAUGCAACUGUGGAUGGGUCAGCGGAGGAGCACCUUCCACCUGCUUUCCCUGCACAUGGCACUGGCCACCUUCAUGGUGGUGAACACAGGGUUGCUGCUCCAUGUGCGAUCCUUUGGAAGGGAGCACCUGGUGUCCAACACUUUGGCCAUGGGUCUGGCCGAGAUGCUGGGCUGUUUUUUGGCCCUGCAUCUCACCUUCAACCAGGCGGCUAGCAAGUGGCAGUGGGCCGGCGGUUUUGCCAUGGUGGUCGGCUGCAUCGGUAGCGUCUGCUGGUUCCUGGCCGAGGAGGAUAUGCCCGAGGUGUACGGACUAACACUGGGAUUGCUGAUGGCCUCACUGCCCCAGGCGGCCGUGGCCUGUGCCCAGUCCAUGAUCCUCGCCUGCCUGGGUGAGCUGGUGCCGUCGGAGCAGCGUGAUUGCCUCGCCUUCUCCGCCGUCACGUGGGCAAGGGUGUGGCAGCUCUCCGCCUCUUUUCUCACCCUGCUGCGGCAGGUAAGCCCCGCCCUCUCGCUGUCCGCCUUCUGCCUGCUGGUCAUCCUGGGCGGCCUCUGCACCUGUUGCCUGGUCACUCCUGGGAAGGAGGAUCAGGAUCAGGAUCAGGAACAGGAACAGCAGGGAGCUGCAGUGAAUAAGAAGCAGCACUUGAUAGCGUAUAGUUAA